CACCCGUUAUUUCUCAUUAUUUCUUGCAGAUUUUACACUGCCUGCCUCUUGUUUUUGCUUGGAUGUUUCUUUGCACAGUUAGGGCAAUGACCAUGAAUAUGGCGUACAAAGCCUAACUUACUUCAAUCAAUCAAUGCCUUCUUCUGAGAGAAACCAACUUCUUCAUUUGUCUUGAUUUUCUUUGUACAUGGGUGAAGAAGAUACUAAGAAGAACAAAAAUUCAGACCAUCACGUUUGGCAGGUGCUAGGAUGGAUUAGCUCCAAGGUCAAUGGUGUGACCAGGCACCAUCUUGAGGGCGCAGCGGCCGCCACUGCCGUUAUCUCUGCAUGCCUCUUUGUGUUCGUGUCGAGAAAUAAAUCCAAGGAAUGUAAGGAGAAUGUGGGUGACACCAAUGGCACUUUCCGUGGGUCCCAGUCACUGAGAGCGCUCCAUAGUGGCAGAGUGGCCAUGCAGAGGAACUUGGAUGCGCAACAUGCAUCGAUCGAUCUGGAGGCUCUUGAUGAGACUGAGAAAAAGUUCAAGGAGCUAGUGAAGAAGGAGCACCCAGAUUUGGUGGAAUUGCAGAGCCUUGUGGCUAAGCUGGAAAUGAGUGAAAAAGAAGGCAAUGGAGUGAAGAAGCUAAGCAAGGCACUAAAGAAAGCUGAAAAAGAAGGUCAUUACCAUGAUGCAUAUGAGUUGGAUAUGUUGGUUGUGGAGAUGCUCAUAUAUAAGGGAGAUUAUGAAGAGGCUCUGAAACGUAAAUGUCUAAAACACCAAGAGAUAUCCGAUGCCCGGCGGCCUCUUUAUAAGACUGUUAUUCAAAUCAUAUUGGGAUGCGAGAAAGACGCCAAGGAAUGUUGGAAGGAGUUUCAGCAGAUUCGAAGUCGUUUUCAAUGGCCGGAUCGUUUCCACGAUGGAUUGGAUUAUUCAGUUGUAAAUGAUUUUGACAAGUUCAAAGAGACCGUAAAUUUUCUUAAGAAAGAAAUCGAAGAUGGUUAUAAGAAACCCAAAUAAUGAUUAGAAA